UAUUGUUUAGUUUACGCUAACCAUUUAGGAUCUUUAACUCAUUUACUCACUCUCCUACCAAAAGGCUGCUCGCCGAUUAAACCAACGAACCGACGAUGGCGUUUAACGAACUUUUCGCCGGAGAAAUCGUAACUGAACUUCUGCGGCAGCUAAACGAGAUCACACGCAAAUCCUGUUUCUGCAAAUCUAGCGCGGAAAAUCUCAUCAGAAGCGUCCAAGAACUCCUUCCCGUCAUCGAAGAGCUCAAGUGCUCCGGCAUCGACCGCCCCGCUUUCCGUCAAUCUCAACUCAAUCAUUUCUCCGAGACCUUACGCGGCGGUCUUGAAUUGGCCCGCACAGUCCUCGAUUCCGGCCGAUGGAACGUCUACAAGAACCUCCAGCUGGUGAGGAAGAUGGAGAAGUUAGAGAAACAAGUAGAAAGGUUCAUUAGCGGGCCGAUGCAGGCUCACUUUUUAGCCGACGUGCAGCACAUGAGGAUCCAAACGAUGGAGCGGUUCAACCGGUUGGAGGAGCGGCUUGAUUCGAUGAACGCUGGACCAGGAACAUCAGGUCGACAGGUAAUCGAAGUUGAAGAGGAUUCUAAUUUGGGAAUUUUUGGUGGAAUUGGUUUGGAAUUAGGGAAAAAUAAGGUGAAGAAGAUGUUGAUUCAAAGAGAUGAUUUAAGCGUUGUUGGAAUUUGGGGCAUUGGAGGAUCGGGGAAAACAACUUUAGCAAAUGAAAUUCGUAGAGAUAAUCAAGUUCGAAGUUAUUUCAACAACAGAAUCUUGUUUCUAACUGUAUCACAAUCACCGGAUCUGGAACAAUUGAGGGCAAAUAUUUGGGGAUUCAUUACAGGAAACGAGGCUAUGAGUACUAAUCACAACUUUCUCCCACAAGGGAAGUCACAGUUUGAGUGGGGAAGUGGACCGCAGACUCUGGUUGUUUUGGAUGAUGUCUGGUCGUUGCCUGUAAUCGAACAACUAAUUUUCAAGGUCCCGACGUAUAAAACCCUUGUAGUUUCAAGAUGUAGGUUCCCGAAAAGGGUUGUUAAUGAAGUUUAUGAAGUUGAGUUGUUGAGGGAAGAUGAAUCUAUGUCCCUGUUUUGCCACUCUGCUUUCGGACAAAAGUCUAUUCCUCCGACCGGCAAUGCAACUUUGGUCAAACAGAUUGUUAAUGAAUGUAAAGGACUUCCAUUGGCACUUAAAGUGAUUGGAGCUUCCUUGCAAUACCAACCUGAAAUGUACUGGAUAAAUGCAAGGAAAAGGUUAUCACGAGGAGAACCGAUCUGCGAGUCUCAUGAAAGCAAAUUGCUCGAUCGAAUGGCAAUCGGUGUCGAGUGCUUGAAAAAGAAGGUUAAGGAGUGUUUCUUGGAUUUGGGAUCAUUUCCUGAAGAUAAGAAAAUCCCCCUUGAUGUUCUUGUAAACAUGUGGGUUCAAAUCCAUAACAUUGACAAAGAAGAAGCUUUUGCCAUUCUUAUGGAGCUUUCUGAUAAGAACCUACUCACUCUGGUCAAAGAUGCUCGGGCUGGAGAAAUGUUCUGCAGUUACUAUGAAAUUUGUGUUACUCAGCAUGAUGUGUUGAGAGACCUUGCUAUUCAUCUAAGCAAUCAAGGAGAUGUGAAUGAUCGGAAGCGGCUACUUAUGCCUAGAAGAGAUACCGAACUUCCAAGAGAAUGGGAAAAAAACAUAGAUCAACCAUUCAAUGCUCAGAUUGUUUCAGUUCAUACAGGAGAAAUGAGGGAAAUGGACUGGUUCCGCAUGGAGUUUCCUAAGGCCGAAGUACUCAUCCUGAAUUUUUCUGCGGACGAAUACUUCUUGCCUCCUUUCAUAGAUAAUAUGCCCAAACUCAGGGCACUGAUCAUUAUAAACCACGGUACAACCGAAGCAACGCUUUUGAAUUUUUCAGUUUUUACUAUUCUGGCAAAUUUGCAGAGCCUAUGGCUUGAAAAAGUGACUGUUCCUCGAUUAUCCAAUGCCACUGUUCCAUUGAGGAACUUGCAGAAACUAUCCAUGGUUCUCUGCAAAGUUAGUAACAGCCUCGAUCCAUCAGUGCUUGACCUGCCCCAGAUCUUCCCUCGUUUGUCAGAGCUCGUAAUUGAUUAUUGUGAUGAUCUGAUUAAGCUGCCCUUGAGCAUUUGUAUGGUGAAUUCCCUACAAAGUAUGAGCAUAACCAACUGCCACCGGUUACGUGAAUUGCCAGCUGAUUUAGGCAUGCUGAAGAAACUACAGAUACUUAGGCUCUACGCUUGUCCAGAACUCAAGAUGCUCCCUCCCGACAUCGGUGAGCUAGUCGGGUUAAAAUACCUUGAUAUCUCACAAUGUGUUAACUUGAAAUGUCUACCCAGGGAAAUAGGUAAGUUAACAAGCCUGGAAAAGAUAGACAUGAGGGACUGUUUACAGAUCAUGAGUCUACCAACACCGGCUGUUUUAUUAAACUUGAAGUCACUACAGCGAGUUAUAUGCGACGAAGAAGCUUUCGAUCAGUGGAGAGUUCUUGAAAAGGCGGUGCCGGACCUACAUGUUCAAGUUGCAGAAAAAUGGUAUAGUCUGGACUGGCUCAACGGGUGAAAAAUAGUGCUUGUAUCUGUCAACAUCAAUGUACAUAAUCUUUUUGAAAUAAAUGCAAUUGUUGUUAGAUUAAUGGAAAGCCUGACCAUGUAAAUGAAAAAGCUUGCUUCUUUGCUACAAAGAACAAUUUCCUUUUCCUUUUCCUUUCC